AAUUUUUCUUUAUUAUUCUUUUUCUCCUUUCCUUUUUUUGUUAUUUAUUACGAUCAUUGAAAGCUGAAAAGUAAAAAAAAAAUGAAAUGAUCGAAUAACCCUUUAUUAGUUGAAUAAGUUUCUCCUAAAUAAACAUAAGACAUUUUGAAUAAAGGGUGUCUAGAUGAAUAAGUUUCUCCUAAAUAAAUAUGUAAGUCCACAUAUUGAAUUCUGAAAAUGUUGACAAAAACCAUGGAAUAUGAUUAAUUGCAUAAGCUAAUAUAAUAAUACACAGAUGGCAAAAAAGAAGAAGCUAAGUUAGAUAUAAAACAACUGUGACCGCGUUCGCGAGCAAUAAUUUAUUGGACCGCAUGAUAAAUACAAUGGCGCACGUACUGGCCAUAGACAAUUGUAUUUGAAAAACUUCAUUUCAUGAUCUAACACAUGUCUAGUAGUCAGACGAUAUGAAUGUCGACUACGAUACAGACUAUUCCUUUUAAAUAUAAACACUGAAUGAUUUAGUAUUUUUUUUAUUUUAUCGACGAUGAGACAUGUGGAAAAUUUAAAUUUAAAUCUUACAAAGUCAAUACCACGACGAGGGACGUAUAUUAAUUCAAACUAUUCCACCGAUUAAUCAAUAUUGAUCACCCAACACGGUUGCUGUUAUAUGAAUAUGAAAAAUAGAAAGAAAAAAAACACAAUAUAUAUAUCAAAUAUAAAUGUGAAAAUGCAGAGAGAGCGAUAUGAAUGAGAUAAAAUAAUAAUGAUGAAUAAUCGUCUCACGACAAAAUUCAAAGUCAGGAUACGGAAUCCAGAGUCGACUGGGGUAAAAUCAUGACAGUAGAAGAGAGUAGUCAACUACUCUUUAGGGGUGUUUUUGUCUUUUCAUUUAUAUUAGCCGACUAAAUUCAUGGGACAGUAACGGAAUAAGACGGGAUCAAACGCACCUCUCGGUAUGUUGGGAAGGUAAUUAGCCGUUUUAAAUUGCAAGUGGGACCCUGCAGUUGGUCGUUGGGCAAAUAUGGCGGGUAAGUUAUUGGCGGGAAGAAACCUUUUUAGCUAGUUUCUGUAGACCAUAUGACUUUCUGGAAAAUUGGACUGGACCAAACCGUAGCACGCCAGGUUUGUCGGAGGAAACUUUUUUGGUUGAGAAAAAAAAAAUAUUUUUUAUUUAUUUAAGAAUAAUAGAAAAAACAAUACUUACUACCAUAUUCAAUAAUCAAUCGCACCGUUUGUCUAAAAUAAUAUGGAAAAGAGGCAAAUGGUGGGAAUUGUCUUAAAAAUUAUAAUGAUACAUAUUUAGUGCACAGGUUUGUGUUUAUUUCGUUAAAAAAAUAGGAAACAAGUAAUCAUUUUAGCUGAUAAAUUAACUUUUUAAUAAACACUGACUUCACUAGUAUUAUAUUGGUAACCUAUUCUUAGUAUAUAAUUGAAACUUCAAUUAAUUUUACUAAAAAUAUUUCUGAUUUAUAGGUUUGUAAUAUUUUGGUUUGACUCUAGUGAAAUUUGAUUUUGUUUUUUUAUCUUUUUAAUGUUUGAUUACGUAUUUGUAGAUGCAUAUUUGGAUUUGCUAUUGAUGUAUUAUGGAUGUAUAGAUUUUGUAAAUGAUUUGAAGUUUUUUUUUUUUAUUUUUAAUCCUAAUUAUGUGUUAAAACCCAUCAUAUUUACUCGUAGACCCAUUUAUUUAAAAUGUACAACACUUCUAGUAGUAGUAACCUUUGUAGAAGGGGAAUAUCAUUUAGAUGUGUGUUGUUGAAAACGAAGAAAGCAAAAGGCCCUUCUAGUGGUUGCAACCACACCGACACAAUUAAUUUAUUAUUAUGUGUACUACUAUUCUUUUGUAACGUUACACGAUAUCCAACUAAUAUUUGGUUGAUGAUUUGUUAUGUUUGUAUACGAUUUAGCUUUUUACUAUGUUCCGUGCAUAGCCUUUGAUUUCCUUUGAAUCUUUUAUUUUUUGAUAAGUAUGUGAUUUAUCAUAAAAAUGAAUCAAGUUUGUGCAUGUACAAAAUGGUCAAAACUGUCAAGACGUUUGUUGCCAGAAAAAAAUAAAAGACUUACUUGUUAGGAUUUGUGAUUCCCAACACAACUAAGAAAACUUCAUAAGCUUCCGAAACUUCUUCCGUCCUUUUCUUGUUAGGAUAGUAUUUGCAUAAGUUUCAAUGCCUUUGAAAAAGAUCUGUUAGAAAAGAUCUCUAAGUUCUUUUUUUUUUGAAUUUCUUGUACAAAAAAAACUGAUCAACUCAAAUUAAAAGAAGGUAAAAAACCUUGAACCUUUUAAUUUAUUUCAGAAACUAAUUUGAUUCCAAGUUACGAUGAUAAUUUGCAUUUAUCAUAUUGUAGUUACAUGUCGAUGUAAGGUUUACUAAAACUGUGAUGUUUCUCUUAGCUGGCCGGACUAGUAUAUCAUAUUCUUUUACAAUUGAACAUAAAAACCCUAGUACUGUUAAGUCUCCCCGUAGUUAUGGAGGAUCAUGUACUUAUCAUCUUCAUAAUAUUAGAACUUGUAAUAAUAUAUUAAUAUUUUCAUAUAUUUGAUAUUUGUUCAACUGUUCACAUUCACUAAAUAUUUUUUGCCCUUUUAAUCUUUCUUGUGAUAGUCUCUAUUUUGCCUAUGAAAUGUCUGAAUCCCAGCUUGCCAUGGUUUAACGUGAUGUAUGAAGAUCAAAAGCUCUAUCAUUUCGGUUUAUUGGAACAUAUUUCUGAGUUAGUCAAUAACGUAAUCCUGAAGCGCAUUUGUUAAAGAAUCUUGAAACUAUGGAACAUUAUAGAGCAGUUCUUGAAAUUGCACAAGAGUUAAGCCCACUAAAUUCACACACACACACACACACACGUAGGUCACAGGAACCAACUCACAAACACUAAUCCUCUAAAUUUACGGAGAGCCUCAUAUAUUGUUCAACUUUCAAGUUGCCUCUAUACACAAAACUUGUCGUGUAUGAAUGGUUCAAGUGGCAUUUGGUUGGGCCACACAAUUCAAAAGGUUAACGUGUACGACUACGGGACCAGCGAUCACUUUUGUGACAUGUUUGGAUGUAUAUACCGAACAAGGGUUCUGGCAUGUAUGAAGAAGCGGAAUCAUAUGAAGUUCCAAUCCAACUAAACCGUAUAUGAUAAUCUUUCAGUUUGGUUUAGAUUAAUUUCGAUUCUCUUACAAUAAUUUGGUUGGACAGACCUUGUUUAGAAGAAGUUGAACCGAAUUAGAUUAGCCAAAAGUUUUUUCGUCCGGUUAGUCUUUUGAUUCCAUUUUACCCUUUUAAGUAAACCGACAAAAACGCUAACAAAAGUAUAAUCUAUUUCUCAGAAAGUGAUAAAAAAAAAAGAAGUUUACUGCGAAGUCGUAGUCAAAAGACUAGAUUCAACUAAAAAUAAAUAUCUUGAUAAAGUGCAGAUAGAGAAACUAUCUUUUGGAUGAUAGAGAAUCUAUCUUCUGGAUCCUCUCCUCUAUUUCUAGCCCUUCACUUGGAUCUCCCUUGGAUAAGUCCAUUAAUAUACCUACCACGUGUAUCAGCGUAUGUAUAAUGUGUACAAUCUUGUCACGAAAAAAAAUAUCUUUUUUUUUUGACUGAACACAAAAAAUAUCUUCAUGCAUGUUUUGUUCCUUUUCGUUAUAAAACCAUCAUAAUUCUCUUCCAAAGUUCUUGGAUUUGUCCCCUAAUCAAUUGGAGAUAUACGAAGAAGAAGAAGACGGAUCUUCAAAACAGAAGACAAAAAUGUGUACUACUACUCAUCAUGAUGAUCAACCACAACAACAAAAUCUCCCUUGUCUCCACUGCGACCCACACUCAUACAUUCACAUGGUUCAACAUAUGAUAGAGAGGUGUAUCAUACUCCGUAUGAGUCGUGACGAAUGCGUCCAGGCGUUAGAUCACCACGCAACCAUUCCACCACUCGUUACGCUCACCGUUUGGAGAGGACUUGAGAGGGAAAAUAAGGAUUUCUUUGAAACGUAUGAGCAUUCCUUCUCUCCUGAGCCAUUCUCAAGUAAGAUUUUCUGGGAUCAUCAAUGUGUGUGUGUAUAUUUCAAUUGUGAAUACAUUUCAAUUCAAUGUCUCAGCCAACAUAUCGACCAAAAUCUCAAGUCAAAAUGUUGUUUGUAAUAUUUUUUUUUUGUUGCUUUCUUAUUUGUUUUUGGAAUCAAACAUUAUCAGGCGGAUAUGUUCGGAGAUCGCCGAGGUUGGCUAGAAGGGUACAACAAUGAAGACUUUAAUUUAACCUUCCAGAUAUAAAUCAUACAUAUGAGAAAAACAAAAUUCAAAUUUAUUAUAUGUAGCCGGUAGACAUAGGCUAUCAUUACAUAUUGCUAAAGAUGAAACAUGAUCAUGCUAUCAUAUGUAGACCUUUUUUUAAAUGUUAAAGCGUUUCUCUAAUUUGAUUAAGCA